AUGGAAGAAGCCCCAGCCCUCCCGUGGACCCACGAGGAGACCCUCCACCUCAUCCGGGCCUACCAGGAGAAAUGGUACUCCCUCAAGCGCGGCCAGCUCAAGUCCUCACAGUGGGAGGAGGUCGCCGUCACCGUCGCCGCCCGCUGUGGCUACGACCACACCGAACCCUCUUCCAAGUCUGCCCUCCAGUGCCGCCACAAGAUGGAGAAGCUCCGCCAGCGCUUACGCUCCGAGAAACAGCGCCUACCUACUCCCUCUUCUUCCUCCUCCUGGCCCUACUUCCACCUCAUGGACUCCCUCGACCGCGGGCCUCUCCCUCCCAUCUCCGCCCUCCCCAUCUCUCUUGUACCACCACCACAUGAUGAGUCUGAUUACGACGACGACAAUGACGUCAAAGAAGAAGGGGGUUUUGACGAGGAGGAUUACGAUUGUCAUGGCAGGUCUCGGAGUAUCGACUACAUACUCCGUCGACCGACAAUUGUGAAUAGAUUUGCUGCCAUUGGAGGCGACGGCGAUGCCUCCGGGAAAAGGAGUGGUGCUUCCGGAAUUUUUGGGGACCCGGUGGCGAAGAGGCGGAGGGAGGAGUUGGUGGGCAAUGAUGAUGAUCCGGAGGAGGAGGAGGAGGAGGAGGAGGAGGGGAGAGGGCUGGUAUCGGAGUUGGCGGCUGAGAUAAGGGCGUUUGCGGAGAGGUUUAUUGGGAUGGAGAAUAUGAAGAUGAAGAUGAUGAAGGACGCGGAAAGGUUUAGGAUGGAGAUGGAGAACAAGCGGAUGGAGUUGAUUCUCGAGUCUCAGCAGAGGAUCGUUGAUUCCAUUGAGAGGACCUUUGGCUCGCCGUAGAGCUUCAAAUUCGAAGGUUCGAUAAUGCUCUUCAAGAAUUAUCUUCUUUUCCGGUUACUGCAUAGUUGAUAAGAAUUUCUUAGCUUUAGGUUCAGUAACACGUUUGUAUAGUCGUGACGUAAACUCAAGCUGAAUUUUUUUUGGCUUUGUGCAAUAAUUUCUCUUUUUAAAUAAGCAAUUUGUCUGUUCUUUGGUUCUACUUCUCUAACGCACAUUCUUUUGGUGAUCCAAGUGUGUAAUGCUUCGUCAAUAAUGAAUGACCCAAAUUUUCUCGUA